AUGGGCCAACAGGAGGAUGUCGAGGCCAGGGACUAUGCGCCGGCUCCCCCAGUCUACGGCGAUGAGAAACGAAACGACAUGCGGGCGAUGGUCGAGGCCAGCCUGCACGACACCCGGUACAACCAGACACAGCGAGGCCUGAAGUCGCGACAUGUCCAGAUGAUGGCCCUGGGAGGCACCAUUGGAACUGGUCUCUUCGUUGGCUCGGGUCAGGCGCUGUCUACGGGCGGCCCUGCGUUCCUAGUCGGAGCUUACCUGCUCAUCGGGAUCCUCGUCUACCUUGUUGUUACGGCUAUUGCAGAGGUCGGUACCUAUUUGCCCGUCCACGGCGGCACGAUGAGUUACUACGGCUUCCGUUACGUUUCGCGCAGCUUGGGCUUCUCGCUCGGAUAUCUAUACUGGUACUCUCUCGGCAUUCUGGUGCCGAACGAGAUUGUUGCUGCUUCGCUGAUCGUGGGCUACUGGGACGACUCCAUCAAUAUUGCUGUCUGGAUCUCUAUCUUCCUUGUCGUCAUCAUUGCGCUGAACUUGCUACCGGUACGCUGGUAUGGAGAGAGUGAGUUCUGGUUUGCCAGUCUCAAGGUCAUCAUGAUGUUUGGCCUCAUCAUCCUCGCCUUUAUCCUCUUCUGGGGCGGAGGCCCGUCACGCCAGCGACUCGGAUUCCACUACUGGACACACCCGCGGCCGGCGAACGAGUACAUUGUCACCGGUGACGCUGGCCGAUUUGUGGCAUUCCUCAAAUGCGUCGUCCUCAGUGCCUUCGCGUUCCUCUUCGCCCCUGAGCUCAUCAUCCAGACAGCCGGUGAGAUGGAGUCGCCUCGACACAACAUCCCACGAGCCUCUCGCCGCUUCUUCUACCGUCUAGCAUUCUUCUACAUUCUCGGGUCACUGGCCAUCAGUGUCACCUGUCCCUCAAGCGAAGCGUCCCUGACCAACGGUGGCGCUGGUGCUGGCUCGUCCCCCUUCGUUUUCGGCAUCAAGAACGCCGGCAUUGCUGUUCUCCCUAGUAUCGUGAACGCCGUCAUCCUUACCUCUGCCUGGAGUUCGGGUAAUUCGUACCUCUACAUGUCAUCCCGAGCUCUCUACUCACUUGCCGUGGCCGGCGACGCGCCACACAUCUUCAGGGCCUGUAACCGCUACGGUCUGCCUUAUAUGGCCCUGGCUGCUAGUGCUCUCUUCCUCCCGCUCGCCUACCUGGCUGUCGGCAGCGGCAGCUCCCGUGUCUUCAACUGGUUCGUCAGUUUCACCAACACGUCCGCGUUUAUCAGUUGGACGUGCUGCUGUAUUAUCCACUUCCGCUUCACCAAGGCCGUUAAAGUCCAGGGCAUCGAGCUCACGUACAAGUCAAGAUUCCAACCCUGGGGAGCUCGUAUCGGUAUCGUCUUCUUCAUCAUCUUGAUCCUCAUCAACGGGUUCGACAAACUCUUCCCCCAGAAGUUCAAUGCUUCCGACUUCCUGACUGCCUACAUCGGCAUCCCGGCUUUCUUGAUCGUCUACUUUGGCCACCGCUGGUACACCAGGGAGGACCCCUGGUGCUGGCGGCCUGAGGACAUCGACAUGGUUACCGGUUUGGACGAGAUCAUCGCUGCCGAGCGCCCAGUUCGCAAGCGCACGGGAGUCAUGAAAUAUAUCAGCUACAUAUACGAGUAA